GCGGCUCCACGUGUCGGCCCGUCACGUGACCGAGACCCGGGCAGCAGCCCCGGGCCGCGGCGUCCCCCCCCAUGUGCGAGUGCUGCGGAGGCUUCGGCGACAUGGACAUGAGCAAGGUCGAGUUUCCGUUGCCCGUCGUGCAGCUGUCCCAGUGGCUGACUGAGAGCGUGAACUGGACAGACGCCAACCUCUACACCGCGCUCGCCUGCAUCGUCUUCAACCCAACCUUCUGGAACGCCGUGGCGCGCCGCGAGCACCGCACGCGAUUCCUGACGCGGGCGUGCGGCGGCUCCGCGCACGGCGCCUGCCACGUGCUCGCCGUCGCCAUCCUGCUGCUGGGCUUCUACAGAGACUACCGGUUUUCGGAAGCGAUCCGGAGCCAGCCGAGGGUGCCGCUGCUGGACAGGGGAGCGCCGGUGUACGCGGCGGGGCUGGCGCUCGUCUCGCUCGGCUCCCUGCUGGUCCUCGCCAGCUUCUGGGCCCUGGGCAUCACGGGGACGUUUCUGGGCGACUACUGCGGUAUCCUCAUGGACGGCAAGGUGACCGGCUUCCCGUUCAGCGUCACCGACAACCCCAUGUACUGGGGCUCGACGCUCAAUUUCCUGGGCUGGUCCUUAAUGCAGGCCAGCCCCGCCGGGAGCAUCUUGACGUGUGGAGUCGCGAUCUCCUACAGGGUGGCCAUCGCCUUUGAAGGCCCCUUCACUCGAGCCAUUUACGAGCAGAGAAACGUGGGAUUGAAGCGACGCUAAAGUGGCUCACGGGGCCACGCAGCUACGGGGCUACGCGGCCACGCGGCCACGCGGCUACGGGGCUACACGGUGUUGUGGCCACGCGGUGUUGUGGCCACGCGGUGUUGUGGCCACGCGGUGUUGUGGCCACGCGGUGUUGUGGCCACGCGGUGUUGUGGCCACGCGGUGUUGUGGCCACGCGGUGUUGUGGCCACGCGGCUACGCGGUGUUGUGGCCACGCGGUGUUGUGGCCACGCGGUGUUGUGGCCACGCAGUGUUGUGGCCACGCAGUGUUGUGGCCACGCGGUGUUGUGGCCACGCGGUGUUGUGGCCACGCAGUGUUGUGGCCACGCGGCCACGCGGUGUUGUGGCCACGCGGUGUUGUGGCCACGCGGUGUUGUGGCCACGCGGUGUUGUGGCCACGCGGUGUUGUGGCCACGCGGUGUUGUGGCCACGCGGUGUUGUGGCCACGCGGCUACGCGGUGUUGUGGCCACGCGACGCUCUGCAGCUGCCAUCCCUGGUGACGACAGCAAUGCCGAUCUCGCACCCAGCAGCACCUUUGAUUCCGUGUGUCGUUUUGUUAAAGAUUUAUAUUUCGAAUCGCUGUGCGGGCAAUUAAAAUUAAUCAACUUUACCAAUGCACAUCGCGCGUUGAUAUCCGCGUAGCUUGUGUUUGCCUCAAUAUUAACUCGUCCCUUUCUUUUCGUUGUGGUUUUUCUUGUAAAUCUGAUUUAUAAAAUGCGCAAUAAAAGCACGAUGCCAAAUUGGAUCGUGCGUUGUCAAAGUUUUUGCGCGGGCGCACACCUCGUUUCAAAACUGCUCGACGCGAGCCGUCGAUGUGUUGAGACUUGCACCGCCCUUGCGCCGGUCUUUGGUCUCGCACCGGCGGUGACACGAGGCCAGGGACGAGGCUGUCUUGGUUGUAGGCCAAUCAGCUUCGAGGACGAUGCGUGCGCGAUUAUCAAAGCACGUCUGUUUGCAUGAUUCACCACAAGCGUGAGGUGUUGUUAGCGCAGACUUACCCCGCUCCUCCAAUUAGCACGGUUGGCUACGUACGGGCGCAAAAACAAGUUAAGCAUACACACAGGCCUGACCACGCCUCGCGGUACGUAUUUUUUAGCGUUGGAACAUCUCGAUACCUCCCGUGAUUUUUUGUCGGACGUUUACGCGAUCUAACCCCAAAAACCUCAUACGGAGGAGACAUCGUCUGCUGAUGUAUCAGCGUGGGCUUCGAUAAGCACACAUUCAUUACUACCUCAAUGUUUCUUUUCUUAUAAUUGAAUGAAUAAUCUAAUGUUUUUUUAUAUUGGUCAUUAUGUAUGAAAAGAUAGCUGCAUUAAUUCUCAAUGUUUUUUUGCAAAAACAUUUUCAGAAGAAUAAACGACGUCAUUAUGAAUAGUA